AUGGACGACGACUUCGACGACGCCGACCUCCUCCAAGCUCUCGCUGCCUCUGAAGCAGCAGCAGCAGCACGACAACAACGCCAACCCCAACGUCCACCACCACCACAACAAGCACCACCACCAGGCCGCGGCGUCGUCCAACCUACCCCCCAACAUCUCGACAAACCUCCUCCCUCCAACUCCUCCUCUUCUUCGUCACGAAUAAUCCAACCAACGCCCCAACCUCUCCCCGGCGGCGUCGCUGUCCCAGGUGGCGCCCGCUCCUCAUCCAGCUCCUCCAUCCUCGUCUCCCCGCGCCAAAAAGGCAACCCAGUUCUCGCAUCCAUCAAAUCCACCGCCUGGGAAUACAGCGACAUACCCUCCGACUACGUUCUCGGCAGCACAACCUGCUGCUUAUUCCUCUCACUCAAAUACCACCGUCUCCACCCAGAAUACAUCUACACGCGCAUCCGCGCCCUCCAAAACCGAUACUCGUUACGAAUUCUCCUAACACUAGUCGACAUCCCCAACCACGAGGAACCUCUCCGCGAGUUAUCCAAGACAUCGCUAGUGAAUAACGUAACUGUUAUUCUCUGCUGGUCAGCGCAGGAAGCGGCGCGGUACCUGGAACUUUACAAAAGUUAUGAACAUGCCAGCGCUGCUGCGAUUAGAGGCCAGACGAAGAGGACGUAUGCGGAGCAGAUGGUGGAGUUUGUGACGGUGCCGAGGAGCGUUAAUAAGACGGAUGCGAUUGCCCUGGUGAGCACGUUUGGGAGCUUGAGGAGUGCUAUUAAUGCUACGACUGGGACGGGGACGGGGGCGGAGGGGGAGGAGAGGUUGGGGCAGGUGCAGGGGUGGGGGGAGAAGAAAGUGAAAGGGUGGAGGAGGGCGGUGGAGGGGGGGUUCAGAGUUGGGAAGGCGAAGGGGAGGAAGGCUGUGACUGAUGAUAGUGGGGGAAAGGGGAAGGGAAUGAGUAAGGUGCUGGAGGAGGCGGUGGAUGUUGGACUUGGAAGGGUGGUUGGUUCGGAGAGCGGGACACAAUCACGGACGCAGACACAGGCACGGCAGCAGGGGACCGGAAGUGGGACACAGAACAGGGCUGGCACUACCGGACACAGGCCGGAGGACGAUGAUCUGGAUAAGAUGGAGACUGUUAUGGCUACUUCGGGCUCGACCUCCACUACUGCCGCCGUGGCUGCUCGUAGACGAGAGGAAGAGGAACUCGGCGGUGGAAUUGCUGCUGCGUUGGCGAAGUUGAGACAAGGAGGUUGA